CCAAGAGCAUGGCAGAAGAAGACCUUAGCUCCCAGUCCACUGUUUCGACCGCUUCUUCUCCACACUGGAAAUGAUCUGGCUCGCGACGCUCCUCGCAAUUGCGAUUGCAUCGACAAACGCUUUGCCAACUCGAAGCGGUGGAUGCUCCGUGUCCCUGAACGGAGACCUGAACGACCCUCAACCACUGAUCCUGGUGCCAAAAGGUCAAGAAGCCAGUUACGUAUUGCCCGUAGACACCAGCGGGACGUUGGUCUUCGCAGAAAACGAGGAACUGCGUCUGGCAUGCGUGGGAGAGAACAACUAUCUAGUGGGUGUGGGCGAUGAGGAUAUUCAGGACAUCGAGGCGUACUGCGUCAGCGACAAAACAUUCCUGGUAAACUCGGUCGAGUACGAAUUCGGAGAUUUGGUUUGCAGCUUCGUGCCGUCAAGUACCGUCAGAAGAACGGGGGAAGCCUGCCUGGACAAGUACAGCCAGGUCGAGAUCGGAUUCGAUCUUGGAGACGAGUUCCUGAGAACGAUUGAAAUCUGCCGUGACGACGACAUCUACUUCACCUAUUGGACCAAGUUCAAUCUGACCAAGGCGAUCGGUGGCUACCAGCGCAGCUAUCCGAGGCCCAGCUGGUCCCAGGGCGACUUCUGGGGUGACUACAACGUGAACACCCAGUUCACCAGGUCGGUCCAACGGGCAACGGUCUCCUUGAUCGUGAACUCCACCGAACUCGGCGCCGCGUACAUCAGCAGCUCCACGAACUACUACUUCGCUCGAGGUCACAUCACCGCGAAGGCAGACUUCGUCUACGGCUCGGCCCAUUGGUCUACUUUCUGGUACGUAAACUGCCACCCGCAAUGGCAAACCUUCAACGGAGCGAACUGGAUGUACUUGGAGUCGGACGUCAGGAGCUACGCGAGUAAUUCUCAGGUGGACCUCGACGUCUACACGGGUGUCCACGGCAUCACAACCCUCCGUGACGUCAACGACGUAGAACAGCCUAUAUAUUUCUAUGCCUCUGGAGACGAACGAGCUCUACCUGUCCCUAAAUUCUUCUGGAAAAUCAUUUACGAUCCGCUCACGCAGAAGGGAACUGCAUUCGUUGGUGUGAACAACCCGUACAUCACCGAAGUGACAUCGGACUACUACAUCUGCGACGAUAUAAGCAGCAAGAUCACGUGGCUGACUUGGACCGCGGAUGAUAUUGAAAAGGGCAUUUCUUACGCCUGCACCAUUGACGAUCUAAGGGAAGCUGUUCCAACCUUACCGGAACUCACCGUCGUCGACAUACUGACGUAGAGUCUAAUCAAUUCAGUUUCACAAUUUAUCAGCCCAGAGUUAAACAAUUAAUUGAUCUGCUGAUUGUAAUGCUGUUAAAAUCUUCAGCGGUUAUCAGACCAAGUCUGGUGUGAUGAACAAUUUCAAAUGAAAAAUAAUCGUUCAAUAUGUGCUGACAGAGAAGUAUAACUCCUUUGCAAAUUGUAAAUAUAUGUUUUAUUUUUCUACUUCUGCCUGACCCUUCCGGAAACCUCAACACCGAAGUGUUUUUAAUCUUAUACGUAUUUCAGUUUUUGUAAUCCACAUGACUUCGGUUAUCUUUUGCUCCGGGACUUUAUACGUCGUUACAAAUUCCUUGGGGAGAACCCCAUAAGAUGUACUAAAUACCGAAGCAUACCUGAAUUGUGAAAUCAAUUUUUUUUUAGGGA